CUCCCAAUCUCUGUGGCUCAGCGAGCAAAACAACGCCGAGGAAUUGUUAGAAUGAUAUCGCACAAUCCUGACAAAACUUUAAGAAUAGGCCUCGACAGCAAAGAUAUCGUCUUUCGGCGCACGCAUCGGGACGGCCAGAAGAAAGUCAUCAAAGGCCAUGUUACCUUCUUUAGCCAAACUCCCACCACAAUCAAGUCCGUCAAGGUGAUAUUGAAAGGGGUUCGGAAAGUAAGCUGGUUCACAAAUACACUUCAGCCGCAAACUGUUCAGCAAAAGGAGACCAUCCACCAUCAAGAGCAGAAACUCCACGUCUUCGUUAGAAGUGCCGCACAAGCAAGCAAGGCUGAACCGGGCUUGUACACAUGGCCGUUUACCUUCAGUCUCAGCGGGGACCUCCCCGAAUCCGUAUCUUGGCUGCCUUACAAUACCAGCAUUUCCUACACCUUGACAGCAGAAGUCGCCACUGGUAUUCUCUCCAUGGUUACCAGCACAACCGAGGACUUACAACUUAUAAAGUCGCCUUCUUUCUGGGCGGAUGACCUUUAUUUUGCCCCCGAGUUCCGCGAGCUUACCUUCCCCUCCGAUCUUACCUGCCAAAUCUUCCUCGCUCAACCCUACCAACCCACAGACGGCGAACUCUCCCUCGACUUCACCAUCACCGGCAACCGCAACACCUCCAGCGACGUCGAGUCCAUUAAGCUCGACCUCCUGCAGACUGUGCAGCUGGCCGUGACCAGAGAUCACAAGCUCUGGCGCUCGUCCAAGGAGGAGCGGCUCAUAAAAACCAUCACCAGGACGCCGAACGACAUUGUUACUUUCUUAGAGAGCCCGCUGCCCGAGAGCAAUUGCGCGACGAUCCGAUUUUCGGUCCCGAUGCAGCUUCCACUGGUGCCGUUUACCUGUGUGCAAAGCGUCAACGAAGAGAAUGUGAAUGUGCGGUAUAAGUUGCGCGUAACGGUAUGCACGCAAGACGAAGAUGGGAAGGCCUCCAAUGUAAGAAGACAAUCCGUCUACCUGUUUCCAAAGCUCUUCUCGCCCAUCCAAAAGCGCCCCCGUACGAUCUUGAUCCCAAGCAACAGCAGCAGCAGCAGCAGCAGCAGUGACGCAAGCAGCGAAGGCACUGUGACCCCGCCGGAGUUGCCACCCGAGUUGUACGACGGCAGCUGUGCUUGUGACUCGCUGCCGCUACCACCGUAUGGCGAACACGUGUUUGACAAGCCGUACCACGGGGAGGUGCGCCUGCCCGAUGACGAUAUUUGGAAUUCCUAGUUAGCGGUGAGUAGUGGAAGCAUCAACCCACUUUAGACCUUGGAUGAUUCUGAGCGUUUUGCUUGCGCUUUUUAACGGCGCUUUUGUAUACGUAACAAAAAGUCUUUGUGCGUUUAAUUUUAAUACUUGGACCGACUUGGCUUUCUCUAGAAGGCGACUAUCUUCGAGAAUGAUCGCGUCUUCGAACAGUUUUCGAGAAAGAUCGCGUCUUGGAACUUGGAAGUCACUCGAAGGAUCCAAGCCCCCGGAAACCUAAACA